AGUUCAGAUCACAUUAGCUCAUUGUGACAUACUUCAUGCAAGACAGGCUACUGGAGCAGUCUCAGGCUCAUGCACAGACAUUGUUUGGGGGCAGGGGCUCAGAGCGAAAAAAAAUAAACGUGAAUUAAGCUUAAUCUAAUUUACAGCAAAUUGCAGUCAGUCUUAGGAACAGAGAUUGUGUAUUCAUGUUUCAGAAAAAACAAACAUAGCGUAAAGAGUUUUUCCAAAGGCAGGUGAAAAACACAAGUUAUGAGUUGAGAUUUGAACACCUUCAGCAUUCAAGCCUGUAAUGUUAUCCACUUUGCUGUCUAGUAGCACUGAUGCUGUGAAUUAUAACUAUUUAAGAGCUUAACAUAAAAACAGAGAUUUAAGAGUUUGGAGCAAAUCCUUGUAUUUUAUAAUAACACACAUUUGGUUUGGCCUGUUAUUAAUGCCCCUUACUGCCAACAUUGUUAAGUUGUUGUUCUUAAUAACUGUAUUAUGCAAAGUGAUACUUCACUGUCCCAGUACUGCACUAUUGGAGGUGCUCAAGGGAGGCUAAGUUUGUGUAACUCCGCAAGCUCUGUUUGUGGGGUGCGGCUGAGCCUCGCCAAAAUGGAUCGUGAAGAAUGGCUGUAUCAAACACUAUUAUUAUACAUGCCAGUCAAGAAGAGGGUGAAAGGGCAGGGCUCAAGCCCCCACUGGGAUCGAUCUGUGGACGUGCCUAGGCAUCAUAUAUUGCGUAUGAGACAUCACAUUGUUAAGCCUUUAAAGUUAUUGCUUCCUUAAUUGCUUUGCAUAAUUGCAUAGUCAGUUAUGGAGUGAAGUACAUUUAUGAUCUUGACAGCUUUAAGUCCUCAUUUCUGCCUUUUUUUUUGUUUGUUUUGAUGUCAAGCAAUGACGGAAUUACAAAAAUGUGGCACAAAUGUAAUGAAAGGUUCUUCUUUCGGCUAAGCAAGACUGUAUGGACUGUAUGAUCACCAGACUCACAUAAAAAUCAAAAUAUCUGUUCUUCUGCCUACAAACACAAACAGCUCAAAAUUUAGAAUUCGCACAUCUGACCAUUUCAAGAAGUGGAUGAUAAGUGAUUAAUGUUGAAGUAUGUCAAGUAUGUCAUUCUGUUACCUACACCUCUGACUUCUAAGGCUUAAACUAAGGACUAAUUUUGCCACUAUUUAUGACCUGCCCGUUUUCAUGAUUGUUUUUUUCUCCGUUGAAGUAGUACUCUGCCAUUCUGCAUGACCAAAGACUUGGCUUUGAGUAAUUUCUGAUUAGUAGCGCAUUUUAUAACAGACAAUGAACUGAGAUUUUUCCCAUUGAGUGUCAAUGGCAGUGGCAGCCUGACCUGGACUUGAGCAGCCUUUAUAUAGAGCAGUGACUAGUCUACUUGCCACGGCACAGAGCCGGAGUGACUGGAGUCAAAAAGUACAGAAGAUAAAGGAUAAGAGGGACUGUGAUCAUUGUGGUGGUGUUAUCUUUUGUUCCAAGCCCUUUAUGAUGAAUUAUUAACACAGCCUUCUGGUUGGCCCUGUUCCAUAGUAGCUUGUGCCACAAGGUACGGAUCAGCAGGUCCACAUGGCCUCUUCUGCCUUUGAGUAGCAGCUGCUCCUCAGUCAACCAGUUCUCAUAACUGCACUUUCUACUCAUACUGUCAGUGCGAUGUUACAGUAUAAAUCUAUGAUUUUAGGCAUUUACAGUGUAGCAGAACAGAUUAGUGAAUGGCAUCCAAAUACAGCCUCCAAAGUGCCUCCCUCCCCCAAACCACAUGGACACAAUCACCAACCCCUUCCUUAAUCUCUAAUUUGUUUCUGUUUGUUGCACCAUGUCAGCUGCGCUUUGGGAGGGGUCCCAGCUAGCUAAAAUGCCUGGCAACUGUAACCAAGGGGCAGAGAUAGCUUGGCUUGGUCAUUGGUCUGUGGAAGUGACUUGAGGCACAGUGGCUGAAGGGAAGAGGGAGGGGAAAGAGGAAGAGAAAGAGAGGGGAAGGGAGGGGUAAUAAAGAGAGUAGUGAGAAAAAAUUAGGGCAGGGAGCAGUUGGAGGCAUGAGAGCGGGAUAAAAACCUUUGAUUAGUUUUGUAUGGGAAUCGUCUUGGAUGUGUAUCUAGAGGAAGCUAAUGAGAGAAUGGGGGAGGGGAGAUAGAGAUAGAGAGAGAGAGAAAGAGAAAGGGAGAAAGAAAGAAAGAAAGAAAGGACGAGGAGUUGAGGAGUUGAGAGAGGAACAGGACCUCAGGUGCAGCCCAAAGAGGAGGGCGGGGAAAGUGGGUGAGCGCGAGAGCGAGAGAGCGAGGGAGAGAGGCUGGCAGCGAGGGAGGGAGUGUGUGAAACAGAGAGAGAGAGAGAGAGAGAGAGAGUGAAAGGGGAGAGGCAAGUGGAAGCCGCUCACAGCAUCUCUUUCCCACUGCACCAGCGGUAUAGCUCUGCUCAUUGCCUCUGCGUUACUUGUCCGCACCACUCUUCUUUCUCUUCUGCUUUUUUAAUGUUUUUUAUUUUGUCCAUUUUUCAAGAGCAUUUAAUUUAAUUAAUUCAAUUCUUUAUUUGCUGAUUUGGAUCCCAGUGGGUGCGUUACAUUCAGCGGGGGACUGGUGUCAGGCUUGAGAAGCUCAUAGGUCGCUGGGACAACUGACUGAAGACAAUGACAGCACUGGCAUCCGGAUUCCACCCCCUUAUUCAUCUCCAGUAGAUUUUUGUUAUCUUAUGUUGACGCUGCUGCGUAACAGAAAAACCUUUUGACAGAACAAAAGGAGGGAAAUCAAAAGGGAGACUGCCGCAUGGACUUCAGCAACACUGACACUUGAUUCAAACCAGGCAUGUGUCGGUAAUAUCAGCGGCACACUGUGGGCUACCGAUAUGAGGAUACGUAGAGUUUUGUUAUCGCUUUUUCAGGAAGAAAUACCUGGGAGAGAACCGGGGCACAAGUUUGUUUAGAAAGGGGGAAAGAAGGAUGCAUAUAUCAUGAUUUGCCCCUUGUUCAGGAUACCUGAGAAGAUUUUACCUAAGGAGCAAAGACACUCUGGCCUCAUCUCUAGCCUCAUCUCAUCUCAAACAUGACCUGAUUUUUUUUCUCUUACCCUUAUUUCCAACACAAGUCAAGUUCAAGAAAAGUAUACGGAUUUGGAUUAAGCAGACGGAAGCUGUGAGAUGGUACGCAUAUAACAUGAUCCUGAAAUUUUAAUUAUUUCCUUUUCACCCUACCCACAUGACUGUGGGCUGUAAACACGGCAGUCUCCAAACGGUCUGCGGGAACAAGAGCUCUGACACAAAGUCCCACAGAGUGCUCUGUGUUUAUCUACCAUGUGUCUGUGUUUGGAUUUUGGACAAUAGAAAGCUAACGGGGGGGGUCCAGACAGUGGCCGUGAGGUCCACGUUCCAGAAGCCACAUUUAGAAAUGUAGCGCCUGUGUUUAUGUCCAACCCAGGAAUGUGCUAAAAGCAGUGAAACUUUUACAGCUGGGAUUUUAUGCGAAUCAACAAAAGGUAUGACUAAACAAAAUGACUGACUUUACUGUACCUUAAUCUAAAGUAACUGAUUGUUCCAGUUUUCCCCAUGGCUUCAAAGACACAUGACUGAAAUCAACAAGAUAUUGCGUUGUUUCCCCAAAUAAUCACUUGAAAUGGAGGAAGCAAAUAUCUACAGUAUUAGCAGAUGCAAACUGCUGUGUCUGAUUCCUGGUUCUUCUGGUCAUGACUUGUUCUCAAAUCCCUUAAAUUUUGUUUGCCCUUGUGAGGACAGCCUAGGAAAUUAGUAGACGCUGAUGUUGCAGCUUGCUGUCGGGGGAUCACUCACAACUCCCGUAAAUGGUGACGACCAACUGGCUGUCAGCACUGCCAUGCUGCUCUUUCGCUUACCAUUUUCAGAACCAGUAGUCUUUUUUGGGAAGGAAACACCUCUGUCUGGCAAUUACUGGACCUUUCUGAAGCAUGACUGAUUCGAGAAGAGAAGUGGACAUUUUUUCUUCCUUCUCUCUUGUGGGCUAUAUUGAUUUUUGUCGGUGCUCGUUGAGACGAAGGUAUGUGAAAGGCAGAGGUGAAAUGUAAAAAGAAAGUAGAGAGAGCUGCGUUUGCUGAAGGAGAUUACUGACAAGGUGCAGACAGGGCUUCAGUUACAGGCCGUCUGGACGGGGCCCAGGACAAUGAACCAAUCAGGACUCGACGAACCAGUCCCAGCUGGAAACAGCAGUUAUGGCUUCAGUGUGUCUCUGAACCACUCUUGUCCUCUGGGCUGGGCACAGAACGAGGGCAUGGAGGCUUGUGUCUUAGAGACUGCUGUUAUUGUGCUGCUGACAGUACUCAUCAUUGCUGGGAAUUUGACGGUCAUCUUUGUGUUCCAUUGUGCUCCUUUGCUACACCACUACACCACCAGCUACUUCAUCCAGACCAUGGCCUAUGCUGACCUGCUGGUGGGGCUAAGCUGCCUUGUGCCCACUCUCUCCUUGCUGCACUACCCAGCUGGUGUCCAAGAGCCCCUCACCUGCCAGGUGUUCAGCUAUGUCAUCUCUGUGCUCAAGAGCGUGUCCAUGGCUUGCCUGGCCUGCAUAAGUGUAGAUCGCUACCUGGCCAUCACCAAGCCCCUCUCCUACAACCAGCUAGUGACACCAUGUCGUUUGCGCUGCUGCAUCAUCCUGAUCUGGAUCUACUCUUGCAUUGUGUUCCUCCCAUCCUUCUUUGGCUGGGGGAAGCCGGGGUACCAUGGGGACAUCUUUGAGUGGUGCGCCAAUUCCUGGCCAACCUCAGCACUUUUUACUGGUUUUGUGGUGUGCCUCCUGUAUGCUCCGGCAGCUCUUGUGGUCUGCUUCACCUAUUUUCACAUCUUCCGUAUCUGCCAGCAGCAUAAUCGGGAAAUUAGCGAGCGGAGAGCUCGCUUUCCCAGCCAGGAGAUGGAGGCUGGUGAAGGGGGGCAUCAGACGGGCCACGGGCCGGACAGGCGCUACGCCAUGGUGCUCUUCCGUAUCACCAGCGUCUUCUACAUGCUCUGGCUUCCCUACAUCAUCUACUUUCUUCUGGAGAGCUCCCACGUUCUGGACAGCCCUGCACUGUCCUUCGUCACCACCUGGUUAGCGAUCAGCAAUAGCUUCUGCAACUGCGUCAUCUACAGCCUGUCCAACAGCGUGUUCCGGCUAGGCAUGCGUAGGCUCUCGCAGACGCUCUGUUCCUCCUGCUCUUUCAGCCCUUGUGCUCAUGAUGACAAGGACUUCAGAGAGCCAAAGCCAAGGAAGAGAGCGAACUCAUGUUCAAUAUGAAGACAGUUGCUGGAGAUGAACUUAAGCUGCUAAACCUUAAAGGAUCUAUUGCAGAAGAAGAAAGGAUCAGUUUAAAGUAAUUGAAAUGGUUAAUUUCAACAGUGAUUUAAAAUUGUUGAUGACUGGCAAAGAAAGGCUUCUACCUAGUGGCAUC